GGCGGCCAAGCAGGCAGAGAGGGGUGUCGAAUGCGUGUGUGUCACGUAAACCCGGACCGAGUGUCAUACCUCCCGGCUUGGGGUCCCAGAUGAUGGCGGCCGGGUGGAACCGCUGCUGGAACCUGCUUUGGUCGCCCGGCCGGUUUUGUCUCUUAUCUCUGUCUCUGCUGUUCGUGAGCUGUCAUAUCUGUAAACACCGUGUACCCGAUUCGUCUGAGGUGGUUUACCAAGUGCCCCUGGAGACAGAGAGGGUAGUCAAGAGAAGCACUGAUCACCGUUUAAGAAUAAAACUUAUAUAUGAUAGAAGUUUGGAUGAAUUACAUGCAGAUAAAAGAAGACUUGUGAAGGACAAGCUCUUCCCUCAAGCCACUGAUUAUUUACAGAAGGCAUUUCAAGUUCGGAGACCAACUGGUCCUAUUUUAUUAAGCAGACAAUGCUCCACCAACCAGUAUUUAAGGAAGAAAGAUGACCCUCACAGAUACUGUCAGGGAGCCUGUGCAGAGAUCACGCGCUGUGGACCGGUGGUCGUCCCAGAGGAGCAUUUACAGCAAUGCCGAGUGUGGAAGGCCCGCGGCGCCGCAGGGCGGCCGGAUGGCGUGGGGGUGCAGGACACGGACUUCGUGCUGUACGUGAGCGGGGUGACCACGGAGCGGUGCGGGCAGGAGAACAUCGUGGCGUACGCUGCCUACUGCCAGCUGGAGGCCGAGCUGGACAGGCCUAUUGCUGGAUAUGCUAAUUUAUGCCCAAAUAUGAUCUCUACACAAGCUCAGGACUACGUUGGCAUGCUCUCCACUGUCAAACAUGAGAUCAUUCAUGCUUUGGGUUUCUCCGCUGGGCUCUUUGCAUUUUACCACGAUGAUGAAGGGAAGCCGUUGACCCAGCGCUAUGAAGGCGGGCUGCCGCCAUUCAACGAGAGCCUGGGCCUGUACCAGUGGAGCGAGAAAACCGUGCGAAAAACCACGAGGCUGUGGGAUAUCCGUGGCAACCAGAUGGUGCGCCACAAUGUGCUCCUUUUAGUCACGCCUCGCGUGGUGGAAGAAGCAAGGAAGCACUUUGACUGUCCUAUCCUAGAGGGCAUGGAGCUUGAGAAUCAGGGAGGAUUAGGCACGGAGCUGAACCACUGGGAGAAGAGACUACUGGAGAAUGAAGCAAUGACGGGAUCUCAUACACAGAACAGAGUGUUCUCCAGGAUUACACUGGCAAUAAUGGAAGACACGGGGUGGUACAGAGCGAACUACAGCAUGGCAGAGCGCCUGGACUGGGGCAGUGGAAUGGGCUGUGACUUUGUGAUGAAGAGCUGCAAGUUCUGGAUGGAGCAGCGCCGACAGCAGAAACAGACAGUUGCCCCAUACUGUGAUGAACUGAGAAGCAUGCCAUUGCAGCUCACCUGCAGGCAGGACCAGUUAGCACUGGCCGUGUGCAAUUUACAGAAAUACCCUACAAACCUCCCAAGGGAAUAUCAGUACUUUGAUGGUAUCCCUGGCAUACCUGUCCAAGACUUGCCUUACUAUGGUGGAUCAGUGGAGAUUGCUGACUACUGCCCGUUCAGCCAGGAAUUCAGUUGGCACCUCAGCGGAGAAUACCAGCGCAGUUCUGACUGCAGAGUCCCUGAAAACCAGCCAGAUUUGUACAGAAACUUCGGCGCUGAAGAGUAUGGCCCAAAUUCAGUCUGUGUCCUUCAGAAAUCCGCUUUUGUAAUGGAGCAGUGCACUAGAAAAAUGACUUACCCAGACUGGGGGAGUGGCUGCUAUAAGAUCUCCUGCUCUCCUCAAGGCCUCACGGUGUGGGUCCAGGGCAGCGCCUUCCUGUGCAGCCGCGCCGGCCAGCUGCUGGACGUCAACGUUCAGGGUGCUGACUGGGUGUACACUGGAUCCCUGAUCUGCCCGUCUUGCUCCGACUUCUGCGGCUCCUGCCCUCCCGACCGCUACCUCCCCUUCUUUAACAAGUCGCAAAGCAUUCCGAUAGAUCCUUGCUCUAGCUCUUCUGGCCUGGUGGUGACUCUCUGGUUGCUGGUGGUUAACCUCACCCCGCUGGUGGCUGGUUUCCUCCUGUGCGUGUGGACCUGAGCUCCAGUGCUGCGGAGAUCCGAGGGGAACAGGGUGACGCCUGGGGACCACAACACUGCCACACGGAUUCCUCCCCCGAAGCCGCCGCAGCAGGAACAGCUGGUGCACGAAAUGUAGCUGCUUACUGCAUGUCCCCUUGAGAGUGUUUAAGAAAAGGUACAGAUAUCUGCCAGCAAAGGCUGUUUAAAAAAAGCCAUCACACUUCUUUCAGUGUCCUAAAAAUAAUGAAGUGCCAGUAUGCUGUAAAUAGAAUAAGAAAGAUACCUCAAAAUCAACAAAAACAGUAAAGGUGGCGAGUUAUAGGUGCUAUGUGUUACUCCCCUACCCAUAUUCUUUUGCUGGAACAUAUUUUGCUUUGAAUUUGACGUUUUGUUCUUGUGUCUUGAGCCGUUGGUACACAGAGAAGCAUUGGAAUACAUAUUGGAAUGCUCUGCUAGGUCAAAAUGGACAAGUUCAUGAAGUCCAGACGGUGGUUCAAUACUAGAUUCAGAACUUUUUCCACCUGAACUCGCCUGAAGCUGUUGCUGAAGUGAAUGAGCACCUGAAUCAAGACAAAACCAGUUUGCGUGGGUGUGAGGGUUUGUGUGGGUUUUGCGUGGGUGUGUGGGGUUGUGUGGGUUUUGUCAGGCUUGUUGUAUGAUCUCAAUCGUGGCAACAGGCAAUUAACACUGACUUUUCAGUAUAUGAAACAUUUGAAGAUUAAAUUUAUAUUGUGACUUAUGACUGUAAACGUAAGUACUGUAUAUAUGUCAAUGAAUUCUAUAUAUUUUUUGUUGAUCUGUGGUUUAAAAUCUUAAUUUAUAUUCAAAUGACGAGUGCACUACAAGAACUUGGUCGAUUCUGUGCUGCAUUUUUACUUGAAAAUGAUAUAUUCGUAGUGAAUAUGUCCCUUAUGCAGGCUUAUUAUUACUUAUGCAUUACAGCAGAGUUAUUUAUUCAUAGGAAGAACUGCAAUUAAGAUAUUUUCCAUAUCCUUCCUGCAAUUGUUUAUUGCCAGGGAAUGCAACAGCAGCGUCCAUUUGGAAAACUGAUGGACUUCCUGAUCAGUCCACUAAACUAAUAUCUGGGAAACCACAUAAAGAGCUUGGGCAGCUACAAUGUUUUGUAAUGUUAAAUCUCUCUCUUCAAAAUGCAACUAAUCAUUCUCUUAGGAGACAAUAUAAAGAACAAAACACCAGCUGUCAGUUUUCCUCCUGGAACUAUAAUAUUUCUUAGAGGAUGUAACGGAAGAAUUAUUCCAAUAAGAACUGUGUUGGUUAAGCUGUUUUUGUUUUCUAAAGGCACUGUUAGUUGUGAAAAACAGGCCUUAAAAACUGUUCGAGACGAGUCUUAAAGGAAUUUCUCCUGGCCUGUGAAGUGCAGGGAGUUGGAGUGUUGGUGUAGCACCAAGGUGCCUGCAAAAUGAGCAUUUUAUCAGAUUUACCAUCAAAGUGUCACACAUAUUUGAACGUUUUUUAGUACUUUUAUUGAUUGUACUGUAUGUGUGGACAAAAGAGCGUAAUCUUUUAGUAUCUUCCAAAAAAGCCACUUUUAUUUGCUGUACAUGUGUAUUGCCCGAGGGAUGGCUACAUAUUUAAGAGCUGAGAAAAAUCAAAGUUGCAUUCAGAGCUUGAGGCUUCUUCAGAGGACAGAACUGCUCUAAACAGGGAAAGUUAAGACCCAGCUGCCUGGAAAUAACAUCCCACGAUAUCUGAGAUCUUUUAAACUUCAAAACUGAGGGCAUGAAUAGGAUACUGAAUAAUGUGAAUGUUUAUACAAAGUGUGAUUUAUGUUAUUUUAUUUUUAGUGUAUUUAUUUUGCACUGACUAUUUAUGAAACUGUAAUGAAAAACACGCUUUGUUGGGUUUUUUUUUGUUGUCACAUUCAAUGCCAAGGUUCAAAAUAUUUAGGAAAAUAUUUUAUUAACAUAGCAACUAUUUAUACUUCAUAGAGAAUAAAGUUAGACUCAAAUUGUUUAUGACUUCUUUUCUCAGAGGUGGAUAUUAAAUCCUGCAGUUAAAAAUGCAGAAUGUUUUGUACUUGGGUUUGUUUCUUCUCUUAAACCCAGAUUUUUCCUCUAUGUCUGAACAACUUUGCAUUUGAAAAUAACUUACAAAAUAGGACAAAGGGGAUUUCAUCAACUGAUAUGCUGAACAAACAGUUAUUUUCUUCAACAGAGUUAUAAACACCCUUUAAAGACCAUUUUUGAAAAUUUACUUGUUUGGUCAUUUCUCUUUACUUGAUAUGCUAAAUGUGUAUUUUUUCCUGAACAGUUAGAUAUCCCGGUUUACACAUUUAUUUCUAAACUUCUUAGUUGCCUGACCAGCGCUCAUGUCCUGUGACUAAAGGGGAAAAAAACAAAGUCUAAACACUGCCUAAGCAAUCUUUAGCAUUAGGACUUUGAUUUCUUUUUGUUAGGUGUGGUGAGUGCUUCCCUCUGGCAGUGUUUUAUCUUAUGUCUCUUCUAUGGAUUGUGUUUUACUGUAAUGUUAUUGCGUGUUGUAGAUCAAUACCCUUAUUUGUUCUUUUAACCUUCUGAAAUACAGGUAUUGUUAUUGAGUUCUAAGCAUCUAAGCACCACCAUCUACAUAUACUGAUGGUAUAUGUGGAUAUAAGCAACAUUUUUAUUUUACAAAUCUUAUUUUGAAGUAGCUUUGGCAUGAAUGAAAGUGUUGUGUUUUGAACACCAACCCUGAGAACAAAACCUUACUUUUGCAAAGGAUUAUUCAUUUUACAUUCAGAUGUACUCAUACAUUUGUGUACUUAACAGAAAAUGUAUCAUAGAAAAGUGUUUUCUUAACUCUUUGUACCUCCCAUUUAUAUUGCUGAAAGAUUUCUGGCGUAUAAUUGUGGACAGUUUCUGUUGCGUCCACUUGUUCCUGCUGGGUGUCAUGGAUUGUACUUUACUUCUAGCUGGUGUGGAGUCACAAGUCACAGGCUGACGUCAAGCAAGAGAGUCUUCUGUGAUCUCAUCCCUUGUUUCAUUUCCUUCACUUCAUUAUCUGUAGGCCUAAUGAACAUUUAAUUGUUUUAACGUAGUGCAUAGUAGACACAGUAGAUGCGAAAAAUUCAACGACUCGAGACAAGCGUUAACUUUUUUGCAAGUCAUGAAGCAAUGAGAUCAGUCUGGCUAGAGAGCUGUGCACGGAGUAAAAACCAACCGUUCAGGAACAGAGCGGACACCCCUGAAACAGAACUAGCUGAUGACAAUCGGGAGUCAGGAGCAACACUGUAACCUUGUAUAGUGAGGAUAGUGUAUGGCUCCCUCACAGCCAGGAGCACACUGAUGUUCCCAGGUUUGAUUAAAGGCAUCUUUGCCAAGAUGGAUGCCUUCCAUAACGUCACCACAGUUGCUUUUUCUGUUAAUGCAGACAGUGAAACAGAGCUCGAGGUCUUGAUACAAGGCUAAAAUACAGACCGGACGUGGACUGGUAGGCCACUGAGAGCAUGUAGGGUGAAUGCAAGAUGAUUUCCUCCCUGAGUCAAUUUACUUCUAUGUUAAAGGGACAAACAAUUUACUGUGUAAUUAAAAAUUCUAAUGAGAGAACACUGAGCUUCAAAUUUGACAAAAUCUGGUGUGCUACAGUAUUGCAUCCUUUUCUUUUCCGAAACCUGUUAAAAAUGAAUCUUUUGCUGGUUGGGAGAUGAAGUUUCAUUAGCAAGUUUAAGGGGGUCUGAAUGAAUUGAUAUCUGAUUAUUCAGUGCAUCAACAUUGUACUGUAUAUUUAUACCUAAACAUCAUCAAGAGGCUGUGAGUAGUAAUUAUGACCCAAUUUCUAAGCUGGUUUGAAUUCAGGUUUUGUAAUAUACAGAGACCAAAGAAAAUUCUAUGCAUUAACCAGUAAUUGUUUGCAUCAUUUAUAAAACACCAGAUGGUUGAUAAUAGGAUUUAGACUAGGCUUUUUGUUCUUUCGCUUUAAAUUUAAAAGUGAUCUAUCAUGACCAGAUCCUCACUGUUCUGAUUGGUUUUCUGAUACAGUACUCUGUCAUUCUGCAUUCAAAACGUUUAAAUGUUUAUUCAAGAGCCAAGGGCUUAUUAUAAAAAUGCACAUAGCCUUGUUAGAACAUUAUCAUCUUUAGUAGAUUAUUAAAGCAGCUGUGUAUUAUUUUAGAAGCAACCAAAAUGUCUGUUAUUUCCAAAAUAAAUAUAUAAAAUCUGA